AAUGCCGUCGUCUCAUCAUCUCCUCCUGCUCUCCCUGUCUCUCCUCCUCCUCCUCCUCCUCCUCCUCUUCUCCGCUUCCUCUACUCCAGUCUCCCUUCAACUCAGCCGCUUUCCUCUGCCUCCCCAUCCCGACCCCCUCCACCGCCUCGCCGCCCUGGCCUCCGCCUCCGCCCUCCGCGCCUCCCUUCUCAAGAACCCCCGCCGCCACGACGCCUCUCCUGCUCCUUAUCGCUCCCCACUCUUCCCCCACUCAUACGGCGGUUACUCCCUCACGCUCGCUUUGGGCACCCCGCCGCAGCAACUUUCCCUCCUCCUUGACACCGGCAGCCACCUCACCUGGGUCCCCUGCAGCUCCUCCUACCAGUGCCGGAGCUGCUCCUCCCCCUCUGCUGCCCCCAUCAUCCCCUUCCUCCCCAAGUCUUCAUCCUCCACUCGCCUCGUCGGCUGCCACAACCCCCGCUGUCUCUGGAUCCAUCCCCGGGACCGCCUCUCCCGCUGCCCCUCCUGCAACUCCACCUCCGACGACGGCUGCCCUGCCGUCCCCUGCCCACCUUACGCCAUCAUCUAUGGCUCCGGCUCCACUGCCGGUCUCCUCAUGCUGGAGACACUCGCCUUCCCCCACCGUACCGUCCCCGACUUCGCGGUCGGUUGCUCCAUCCUUUCCGAACGCCAGCCCGCUGGCGUCGCUGGAUUCGGCCGCGGCGCUCCCUCCCUCCCGUCCCAGAUGGGGCUCAAGCGCUUCUCCUACUGCCUCAUAUCCCGGCGCUACGACGACGACGCCGUCGAGAGCGGUUUCCUCGUCCUCGACCCCGCCAAGGACGACACCUCCAGCGGCCUCAGCUUCACGCCCUUCCUCAACAAUACCGCCGCCGGCGCGGACGAAGCGUCGCCCUUCUCCGUCUACUACUACGUCGGGCUGCGCGAGAUCGCCGUAGGCGGCGAGAAAGUCGGAGUCCCCCGUUCCGCCCUCAUCCCCAACUCCCGCGGCAACGGCGGCGCUAUCGUCGACUCCGGCACCACGUUCACGUACAUGGCACCGCCGGUGUUCAAGCCUCUGGUCGCCGCGUUCGUGAACCGCGUGGCGGGGCGGUACAAACGGUCCGCCGCCGUGGAGGCCCGGACGGGUCUGCGACCCUGCUUCGCUCUGCCGCCGGAUUCGGCCGAGGUGGAGCUACCGGAGCUGACCUUCCGCUUCGAGGGCCACGCCGAGAUGCGGCUCCCGCCGGAGAACUACUUCGCGUUCACGGGGCCGGAUAGGGCGGCAAUGUGCCUCACCAUCGUCUCCGACAGCGACGGCGGCGCCUCCUCGGAUAACGCCGGCGGCCCGGCGAUCAUCCUGGGCAACUUCCAGCAGCAGGACUACUACAUGGCGUACGACCUGGAGAAGGGGCGGUUGGGGCUCCGGCGGCAGUCAUGCCUGCGGUCGUGACGAACAAAGCGACAUAAAUAGGUGCUAUUAACCUCCAAAAGGUCGAUUAACCAAGAAAUAAAACUAGUUUGCCGUUGAUUAUAACGGACGUACGAUUUGUGUACGGUAAAAGCAUGAAGAUUAUGAUGACCGUCGUAAUUCCCGUGA